AUGUCUCACGCGAACGAAAACAUCGUUCUCGGUAUAGAACGGCCAUCACCCGCCGAGGUGAACCGCCUCAACGGCGAGAAGAUCAAGAACAUACCAUCUCGUGAAAAGCGAUCGGAUCACUCUCCCCAGCCGACUGUGAACGCCUCACUCCAGACAACCGUUGAGGCCUCCAGCAUCGCGCAUCCCCACAAUAUCACUCCCGACGAGACAGUCAAAGACUCUCCUCUGCACGAUGACCCUGCGAGGACCCGCCUGAUCGAGCUCCACCUCUGGGAAGGCUGCCAUCUCUCCGGGAUAGGCGCAACAGUCAGCCGGGAUCAUAUUAUCCCUACUGGCGGUUUGUCCUACGAACUAUUCGAAAUCAUCCACCUCGUGUGCCCGUUCGGCAUAUCCUGCUACUCCGUGUACCUUACCUCUGCACUCCUACACAUUUUCCAGUGUGCGUAUGCUCCCCUCGACCUGGAUCCCAUCCCCGAGAAUACGAAACUUCGCCAGUCCCUGUGCGCCAAGCUCACCAGUCUCAUCAUCCAAUACCUAUCCCCCAUGAACUACGAGGGAAUAUCCCUUCCCCUUCAGUUGCGCUUCCACGGCGAGACGACCACGUGGAAGCCGUACGGGUUCGUCGGUUCGAAUGUUUGGUGGACGCCGAAACGUCCCUCCACCGAUUUCGCCGAGGAGACGGCGUAUGCACUCUCGCUAGCCCAGGAGGCUGGGGACGCGGUGACGGACGAAGCCGAUUUCGAGUUCUGGUUGAUAUCGAUACGGCCCAGCGAGGCAGCUGUGAUCAAGACGACAGUGGCGGGGGAUCUCCUGGAGCCGCUGGAUGUGAAGAGAGUCGAGGAGCUGGGAAGCUUGGGCGGACCCCAGGACAAGCUAAGGAACGAGGUCACAAAGGUGUUUUGGAUGGCGAAACAGAGCGACAGGAUUGCGUUUGUGGAGGCGUUGGCUGGCCUCGUGGAAAUGGCCAAUAAGGAGUGGCGGGCAGGAAGUCCGAUCUUCCGCGCGGCUUAG